CUUAAAUAUGGACUAAUUUUAAAAUAUGUUGUAGCUGUUAUAUUUAAACAAAGUAUUUAAGAAUUUGAAUGAAGAUCUUCUUCUAUCUAAGAUCAAAACUGCUUACUGUCAUUCUAUAAAUGCUAUUUGUCUUAUGCCAAUAUUAAAGAAAAACAAAAUUAUUUCAAGAUUUUGUAUACAAUGGAAUCAACUACCUCAGUUUCUAAGGGUGUAUUUUUAUUUUCAAAUGGAUUUAAAAAAACAAAACAUUCGAAAAAGAAACCGAAACGCAAUAUAUUUGAAAGUUUGUCCGAAGACUCCUGGUAUAAAACAUUCAAAUAUAACUGGAAUUUGGUUGAAAAUCAAUUAAAGGAACUUCAUGAGCAAACAUAUAGCAUUCUAUUGAAUGAUAUUGUAAGUUAUGUCAAGUUAGUGAAUCAACAGCACGAGUACAGUACAUUAGAGGGAAUCAUACCUAGUGCCACACUAUUGACUGGGGUCAAUCAGCCAGACUAUGUCAAUCAGUUUCUAGCCCUUAUAUAUAGAAUUAGGGAAAAUGUAACUCCACAUGUUGCUUUGAUAAAUUCUCAAGAUGCUCAAACUGUUAAACAUUUGGUGGAAAGUGCUGUUUGGCAGUUAAUACAUGGACAGGAUGUCCUGGAUAACUCUGCUGAUGAAAGUUUUGAAAAUGACCCAAGUCAUAAAGUUAAAUUAAAGAAAAAUCAAUGUACUAUAAAAACUUUACUUAAUUGGUAUCAAGCAAAAUAUGCAAAACAAUCGCCAAAGAAAUAUAAGCCUGUAGCAAGAAAGGCUUUAGUUAUAAUAAUGCCAGAUUUUGAGAGCUUCAAUUGUAGUAUAUUGCAAGAUUUUGUAAUGAUUAUUAGUUCCUAUGUGCGAUCAUUGCCAAUAGUAUUAAUAUUUGGAGUAGCGACAUCGGUUUCAGCUCUACAUAAAUCAUUUCCUUACCAUGUCUCAUCGAAGUUGCUAAUCAAAGUGUUCCAUUCUCAUCCAUCACAUGUUUAUAUGAAUCAAGUUUUAGAAAACAUUUUUUUAUCUCACACGAGUCCAUUCCACUUAAGUGGCAAAGCUUUUGAAUUAAUGACAGAUGUAUUUCUCUUUUAUGAUUUCUCUGUUACAGGCCUCAUUCAAAGUAUAAAGUAUUGUAUGAUGGAUCAUUACUAUGGAGAUAAUAUUAAAUCACUAUGUUGUGUUCCGGACAAACUUUAUGAGGCAAUUAAUAAUCUCACAAAAGAUGAUCUAGAAAAUAUAAGACAAUUACUAUCCUUCCGGCCCUUCUUGGAAGUACAGGAUUGUGAAACGAAAAUCGGUCUCUUUGAAGAUGAUAAUUUUUUCAGAGAAAUUUUGUCUAAAGAAAUGAAUAAGCUUCAUGACUAUGUACAUAGUUUUUACUUGUGCAUACGAUUGCUUUCCACGUUCGUGAAGGAUCUACCAAAGAAUACACUCGGAAAAAGUGUUAGAGAACUUUACGCCAAAUGUUCUAUAGAAUGUGUAACAAGUACACAACCGUAUAAAGAAUGCAUGCAGUUAUUAAAUUUUCAAUCACAAUUAAGAUUGGCAGAAACUAUAAAAGCUGCACUUAAAGAUAUAAAUGCGUCCCUACAAGUAGCCUCGCCAAUAAAACCUCUACGAUCAACUCCAUCUAAAAAUAAUAUUCACAACAUUACUCUGAAGGACGACCUUGGGCAAGAAUUUGCUAAAACAAUAAAAAUUCAUUUAUUGACGUUUUUAAGGCAAAUAGAAAAUGCAAGCAAUGAAACCUCCGUAUUUACCAAUACUGAUAUGGAUGCGGAAAAUGAUUUGGACAACGUUAAUGUACCUGGUAAUAGAUAUAAAUUGAAAGAGAAAUUGUUAAGAGCCACGAGAGUUGAAAAAAUUCAAUCUGAAUAUGAAAUGAUACGGACAAGAUUUGUGAGUUAUUUAGAGGAAGUUUUUACAAAGGGCCUGCAACCGCCGCACACGCAAACAUUUCACGAAAUUUUGUUCUUCAGUGACGUGGCUAAUGUGAAGAAACAAAUUGUGGGCUCUCCCCGAGGAGCACUGCACACAGCCCUAAGUAACCCGAUGCAUUAUUUGCAGUGUACGUGCUGCCAUUUGCCUUCAGUAGACAGCAUUUCAUAUACAUUACCUGAUGUAUCAAUAGCGUACAAGUUACAUCGUGAAUGUGGCAAACAUAUCAACUUGUACGACUGGCUACAAGCCUUCGCUGCGGUGCUUCGACCUGAUGAGGACGAUGAGGAUCGAUACAAGGACGUUAAUAUUCAAGUUCGAUUUACGCGUGCCGUAUCGGAGCUACAAUUUCUUGGUUUUAUAAAAUCAUCUAAAAGGAAGACUGACCAUGUCAUGCGUCUGACUUGGUGAUUUUUUUUACCUUAAUAUCACAUGCUCAUGAUUUUUAUUUAUUUUUAAUUUUUAGUAAUAAAUAAAUGAGAUUCAAUAAAGCAUUUCUAAUACG